CUUUGGCUCAGCGGUUCUGCAAGAGGGACGGGCCAAGCAGCUGGGUCAAAGCCGAGACGCACUCCCUGCAGCCAAAGUUACUUUGCUUGGCAGCAGAAAGCAUCGAGGGUUUUCCCGCAGGAUCUCCAGCUGCUACAAUCCGAACUACCACCAUGACUGAGACAGAGCAAACGGCCGCAGGCUGUCCGGCACCGGGCCAAACCGCGAUCAGGACCUGGCCACCCUACAGGACCACAGGACCGUUCAGCGACACCAGGUCCCGGUUCGAAGGGGACGGGGUCCGAUACAAGGCCAAGCUGAUCGGUGUGGACCCGGUGCCCCAGGCACAAGGGGAGAAGAUGUGCCUGGACUCCAUGAUGAAACUGAAGGGCUUUGAGGCAGCGGCGAGGAAACAGGGCAAACACAAAAUGAGAAUUUGGCUGAAAAUUUCCUCCAGUGGCUUAAAGAUUUUGGAUGAGCGUACCGGGAUUGUUCUUCAUGACCAAGACAGAACCCGCAUCAGCUCGCUGACCAAAGACAUGUCCGACCCCAGAGCUCUGGCCUACAUCUACAAACAUGAAGAUGUGUUCGUCCUCUUCUACAUCAAGACAGCCAACCAGGCAGAUCCGAUCCUUUUGGACAUCAUGGAGGUCUGUCAGCGUGUGGACCAGGAGACGUCUCGUCAACCUACGAAAACCCAAGAUGUUUCUUUAGUUGGGCUAAAUGACGGUUCGGCUUCCCUGGUGACGGGUGUUUCUUUAGUUGGGCUGGAUGACGGUUCGGCUUCCCUGGUGACGGAAGCAACGAAUGGGAAUAUCUUUAGUCCACCACCUGACUCAUCAUCAGGACAUACAAACCAGACCUCUUCAUGUAACGAACUGAUGGAGAUAUUUUCCCCAUCACCGAGAGAGCCUCUGUCACCUGACAAUAUCUCCUCUGUCAGCCAGCCAGUUUUUCCUGCAGAGUCUCCACAGCCGACCCUCUCCACCGCUCAGAUCCUCUCCAUGUUCCCCACAUCGCCACCAGGGGGCUCUCCAUACGUCUCUCCACCGUUGUCUCCCAGUGCGAUGCCCUGGGGUCAGCAGGGGCCCCUGGGAACCCAGUGGACAGGCAGCUGGCCCCCCACCCCGGCCGUGCCACCAGGAGUUACAGCGCCCCCUGCUGUGGUCCAGACUCAGCCCGGAUUCAUGUUCACGAUGAGCCCAGCGGCCCCCCCGUCUUUUAACGACUACCCCAACCCUUUAAACGCCGUCUCUUCGCCCAACGGGACGACCGUGGCGCCGGGGGCCCCAGCUCUGGACAACAACCCCUUCCUGUGAUGAAGUGGUCAGAGUUAAUGCUCGACUUUGCUGUCAGACAAUCUGAAUGAAGUCAUUAAUGUCUCCAGAUGUUUUUUUGAUUAAUAAAUGGCGAUAAGGACCCAACAUCUUAAUGGAAUGUAGUACUUUGAUUGUUUUCUACUACUUUGGAAGCAGCUUGUUAAGUAAAAACUUUGCCGAACAUCCUCCAUCUGGGAAAUAGUAUUUCGCAAUGGUCCUUGUGACACAGUUGUGUAAUUAAAAUGUAUCACUGGAACCCGUAGAAAUGAUUAAUCUGUCUUAGCUACUGAUUAUUCAUUGGACACCACAUCGGGUAUUUGAGCAGUUCUUAGCAAACUUACUUUGACUUAUUAUUUUUGACUGAUUCCAUUCCUCUUAAAUGUUUGAUUAAUUGUAAUUUAUGCAGUAAUACAAUUGUUUUGUUAAUGUUGUGUCAGGAAAUGCGUUUUUUUAAGGAGUUUUCUGCCUUCCGAACUGUAGAUUUCCUGCCGGGCCGUCAGAGGAAACAGGCUUUUUGCUGCACCCCACCUUUAAGUUGUGUUUGUUGUGUCUUAAAUUUUAGGUUCUCUGCUUUUUGUCAGCCCUCUGCAUCUCCAUAAACACAGAGAAUAACUUUAGCAUUUGCUUCACCGCUCUGUUGUACGUUUCUGGUCUGUUCAGUGAGUUGACAUUUCAUCAGGCACACAAAAAAAAUAAAAAAAAAAGUGGGAGAGGAAAGAAACCCCCCCGGCUGACAUCAUUUAGCGUCGCUUGCAGACACCCUGCUGCCCACGCUGACAUGCAGAGCAUUUCCUCCUUUGCUAUAAGUUUAGUCACAGGUAAUAUGGCUGUUUGAGCAGCAGCAGCAGCAUUAGCUGGGCUACUAAGGAAUUACUGCUGGACAUGGAACCCUUUACCCUGUAAUAACUCAUCCCCAGUAACAAAAAUGGUAAGAAAACGUUGUUUUUUUUUACAAUGAUAUAUUUAGAAAUAAUUGUUGGUUAACAGCUCCACCUUUCACUCUUCUUCUCUGGAUGGCUGUUUCACUCUGGCCAUUUCCUCCACACCACCGAGGUCUAAUUUUAGUUUAAAGAUGGGGAUACGCGUGUGUUUCUGCUGGUUUAACUCCAGAUUCCUUCUACAAACUAACCAGGAAAAGCUUAAUAAAUGUUGUAUGUGUUUUCUAGAAUGAAAAAAGGGAAGUUGGAGGUUUAUAAAAAAGGAGAAAUGUCCAUGCUGCAGCUGGUGAAAGGGAGCCUUUAUUAUACAGCAAUCACAUGUUAAUUAUUGACAGUACUGCUUCACUUCUCUCAAUUUUCUGUUGCUGUAGGACAAACUAUUCAGUUUUUCCCACUUAUUUGUUUUCCUUUUACGCGUUAAUGAGCUGUUAUUGCUUUUAAUGUUUAAUAAAAUUGAGUUUGAGCUUAA